CACAGGUAAUAUAGGACAGGUAGUUAUGAGCAUGCGCACCAACUACCGGAAAUAAUUUUAUCAGGUCUAUAAGUUGGUAAAGGCGUCUUUUAUAGAAGGGAAAAUAAUUAACCAACAAGAUUUGCCUCAAAAUGGGCACAGGUCAUUUUAUUGUUCUAUGUUAUUGCUUGUCAUCCCUGGUAACAGGUAAGCUCAUCCAGUUAUUGAGUUAUAUUAAACAAUAUUUGAUUUCACUCUUAGUAAGUCUAAAUUAAACUUGCUGCCAAUGAUAAUUUUGAUUCUUGAAUAAGUGAUACUUCCGUGUUUGUCAAUUCUAUACUAAAAGUUACUACUUAAGUUGUAAAGUUUCAUCUUAACUGUAUUAUCAAUACACAUGAAACUGAAAAAACCAGCCCAAAAAUGAUGGUUUUCCUGUUUGUUUGUUUUGUAUUUGUUAAUUAGAUUAUCUUGAGCACAUCAUUGACAUCAUAUUAAUUAAAAUACGGCUAGGCUACUAAACUAACACUACCUGACUUAGGCAGGUUACUACUAAACUAGACUUAAACUUACAAACCAUUCAAUCGCUUUGCAAUAUUAUUGAAUAUUCAAUAUUAUCAGAAUAUACUAUUACUACCAUCAAGUCCUCAUUUUUAAAAAAAAUAUUUUCUUAUCCAUGUCAUCCAGUCAGUGUCAAAAGUAGUGUAUUUUGUGUUCAUGAGUUCAUGCUGAGAUUUGAAUUAAAGUUAUAAAAAAAGUUCAAAACUGAAAGCCAGUGAAACCAAAAAAAAAAAUAUUUAAAUUGCAGGCGUGAUAGAUAACUUUUAUUAAGUAAAGGGUUUAAAUUCCCCUGUCUUUCACUUAAUUAUGUGAAUAUCUGGUAAUUUCAUUUUGUAUUACUUGGCCUACUGCUUACAUCAAAUCUAUUUUUAUUAUUCUCCAGUGGUCAGUGCUGAUGACCCCAAAGUAAACAUUAGUGAGACAGACCCUCCUGUAAAUCCAGUCUACAAGAUGAUAAUACAAGAGCAGGACAAGGAUGCACAGAUGAUAUGUGUUGUGGAGAACCGACCUGUCGAUGUUGAGGUGCAUAACAUAACACUUGUAACUUGUCAGAUUUCAUUAGAUGUUCAAAAUGAGGAAAAAUACAGAUUUUGACCAGUGUCAGCUUCUACAGGGUGGGCCAAUAAAAGUGAGAACAUCUUGUAAAAUGUGAUUUAAUCACAUCAAAUUUAGUUUAACUAUACCCCUACUAGCUUAAAGUUGUUGAGAACCAAGGAGGACACAUUGAACAUGAUUUCUGAUUAGCUAAAUAUUUUGCACAAAGAAAAUUCCAUGAAGAAUUAUAAUUAAUUGAAUUAUAUAUUGAAAUAACUCAUAUGCUAUGAGAUGUUCUCACUUUUAUUGGCCCACCCUGUAUAGUAGAAUGAGAAGUGAGGAACACUACAAUUGACAGAAAUAUUUGUUAAAUUUAGACUGUUUAAUUUUCUAUCAUAGAGGCAUGAUAAUUCCUCUCUCAAUCUUCAUAGAUCAUAGUUAUAAGUCUUCAUUGAUCACAUUAUCCAUAAUUUUUGCCUUCAUUUCAAUAUCAGGUGCAAUGGACUGUGCAGGCAAACCGUGGCAAUGCCAGUCUCAUUCAGAUUGCAACAGGGACCCGGUCGUACGAUGCUUUCCGCUGGGCUAUUGAUAAACCAUCCCCAACAGCAUGGCGUCUUCGUAUUCAGAAUGUACAACCCACAGAUGAGGGAUCAUACACAUGUAAAGUUCAGGUCGGAGCGCAGAACUAUGUGACAAGUGUAAGAGAGCUUCGAGUUGUCCGUAAGUGAUUUGUUUGAGUUUAGUCAGAAUUCUUCUUUUCUAAGUACUUAUAGACAAUAAACUUUUAAUGUUGGCCGCAAAUUGUUUUUUUACAUGUAAAAGAAGUAUUCCAUAAUCUUUCAUAAGACUUGCCAUGGUAUUGAACUGGUUUUCAGCUCUCUUAAUAUGGUUGAAUAUCUCAUAACUGCUGGUACCAGUAGUGUAGCAAUUAAGAGCCCUCAGAUUCCUAGUAACUUUAUUAUAAUGAACUAUGUGCAGUUGCCAGCUGUUAUCAAUUCUUUAAAAUGUUUCUCAUUAUUUCAUAGUGUUGUGCUCAUUUAGCAAGCGAUCAUGACAGUAUACCCUGUAUCUCAUCAAUGUGCCAUUAGUUCAUUACCCUAAAUUGAGCUUUAAAUAAUUCAUCACUUAUCUUUCAUAAAUAAGACAUCUUUAAAUUCAUUCAUUAAUGGCUAAGUUAUCUCUGGCAAUUAUGUAUCAAUUUGCAUAGUUUAAAAAUAUAGUUCUUUUAAACUACUUGUCUUAGUAGACUGAUUUAUUUAAUAAGAAUUUUUCCCUUCAGAGAAGCCCCAGAUUUCUGACCUUGACACCAGCACAGAUAUGACCAAGAAUGCAGAUGACCCUGCUAAGUUGGAGUGUUACGCUAACGGUAGACCCAAGCCUUUAAUUAAGUGGACAAGAAUGGCAGGGGAGCUCUUGCCGAAUGGGGGAACAGAGUUUCAAGCAAGUCUCAUAUUUUAUCUCAAUUUAAAUUAAUCAGUUUUUAACAGGUCUUGAUUUCUAUUUGUUUUUCAAGAUAAAUGAAUUAUUUUGAAAGUUUUAAAAUACAGAAUUCAUUAAACAUUAAGAUUUUUUAAUGCUUUUCAUUUCUGGUCAUAUUUAGGGAAAUGUGCUCAACAUAAACCGCAUUGAGUCUGAUCAUGCUGGAAUCUACAAGUGCACAGCUGAAAAUUCUGCUGGUAUGGACUACAGAGAGAUCAGAGUGACCGUCAAUUGUGAGUCAGUAAACUUUAGUGGGGCAAAUUUAAAAUUAAUUGAUCUUUGUUACUAGGAUUUGUUAUUAUGCUUUGAACUGAUUUUUUUUAAAGGUAUUAUUUAUCAUGAAAUUUAUAUAUGACCUUUGACCUAAAGCAGCUGUCACAUUAUUAUUAUACUCCAUUUUAUUUUUUAUUAAUUGAAGUUACUCACCACACCAUUUAAGCUUUAAACAGUUCCUUGGCUGUUUUGGUGAGAAGCUUCAGCAAAAGAAAUCAUUAAUGAAAAAACUUGUAUGGAAUGUAUUGUUUCCAUCUAACUUUUAGAUAAAGUGUCCGCCAAUGGUUUUCUCUUUUAAUUAAUUUUCUUCAAUUCAAAAUCUUGUGCAACAACCAUUGACAUCCGCUGAAUAAAUUAAACCGAUAAAAUAUUGGUUUUAAUGCUUCCUAAAUUGUUAUAUUUUAAAGAAAAUUUUUCUUUCUCAGUUCGUCCUGAGGUCUACACAGGGACCCCUGUUGCCCGUCAAGCUAUUGGCUACACUAAAGAAUUGGUGUGUAACAUUAAGGGAUACCCUCCACCUGGUGGAAACCAAAUUGCCUGGUCAAGAGAGAGCCGGCCCAUCAUUUCUGGUGGAAGGUCAGUUUUUUGUUUUAGUUGUGAGGACUUUUUAACUGUCAAAUGCAAACGUGCAAUGUUUUCAACAUUUUUUUAAUAACUUUGAUACCUAUCUCUAAAAUAUACAAAACUAAUGGAAAAUGAAUCAGGGCCCAUAUUAUUAUAGAUAUUCUGAGUAAAUUGGACAGGGAAUCAAAUAGUUUGAAUUCCGAAAUUCUGUGUGAAAUGAAUAUGACCUUGACCUUUCAACAGUGACAAAAAUUGUGCUACUGUUUAUCUUUCCUCAACCCACACUGACUGUUGGGUCUUUUUUAUAAUCUAAAUAUGUUAUAAAGACAGAGGAAAAUUAUUCUUUCAGUUUAUAAAAUACAACGUUAUUUGGGUUUAUAGAAUUUAAAGUGAAAUUUUUUUUAUUGGUGACCUACAUAUUUCCUUACAUCAUUCAUAUUAAAUUCAUUAGUUCCCUAUUCACCGCUGCAGUACUUUCACUAUUAGCACUUGAACUGCGACUAGUAAUAGCUUCACUAUAAUAAUUAUCAAUACCAUGAGUAAUGCCAACUAAGCUAUCUUCAAAAUCACUUUCAUAAAAUAAUAAUUUAAUAAAUUAGGGUUUUGUUUAGCAGGACCUACCUUGGAGUCCUACAAGUUAUUUUAAACAAAACAACAAAAAGUAACCCUCAGAAAUUUCUGCUGGAUUAAAAAUUAAAAAACAGCAACAAAAAAAACAUGUACAUAUGAAAUAUUUACCUUAGUUUAAUAUAAUUAAGAAAUAUGAUUAUCACAGAAGUAAAUCUACUUUAUGAGAGUUGACCCCCUUUAAAUAAAAAAAAAAUUUGAUUCACAUUUAUGAUAAUAAUAAGUGGUCUUAUAUAGCGCGGUACCCCAGCCUAGGGCUGGGCUCACCGCGGUGUACAUAAAAAUUUUAUCAAAAGGGACAUAAUCAUGACAUUAAUGGUUUAAUUAAGAUAAUAAAGAGGACACCAAAAAAAAAAAAGAAAGAUUCUACUGGUUCUUUAAAACUUGUUUUCACUUCAGAUAUGAAAUUCGUAACAUUCCUGGCGCAUCCAAUCGAAUUACUAGCAUUUUGGUCGUAUGGAAUGUUCAGAGUUCAGACUUUGGAAGGUACCAGUGCUCGGCAGAGAAUGACAAAGGAUCACGUUAUGUAACAAUGGAAUUACAAAGUAAGUGUUAAACCACUGAGUUGAAAUUGAAUAGACUGUGUAAGAUAGUGAACUUGUUAAUAACUUAUUUAAUACACAUUGUUACAUACCAUUAAUUGGUUUUGUAAGUUUAAUGAGCAUUAAGAUUUUGUUAGUUUAUAUGAACAAUAUUUAACACAGGACUGAUAACCAGUAUAUACAGAAAAACAAUACAUAAGCUAGUGAUAUUAACAAUAUUCAAUUUAUUUAUCCUUUUAAAUUUAUAUUUUUAAACAAUCCAGUAUUGAGUAUACUCCUCAAGUUAAAAAUGUUAAUAUGCACUCACAUGCACAAAGAGUAAAAUCCAUAAGAGUAAAGUAUAUUAAGUCUCAUCAGUUUUGUGUCUGGAAAUCUAGAAAAGUUUCUUCCAGCUGGGAAACCUGCUGGCUUUUUUAUAAGUAGGGAGUUAGAACCUUUCAGAAAAGAAAUUUAAUAAGAAAUUUCAACAAGAGAUAGAAUUAUUUAGAACAAAUUAGAAUGUAAACAACCUUUUCCCAAUCAGGGGAGGUGUGGGUAAUGGUACAUCACUGCAAAUGUAAUCGGUGACUUCAACAUCACAAAAAAAAAGGUGAAGACAAGUGAUGGAGGACACCACACUACGUGGAAGCAAAAUUAGACCAACACACAGGCUAUAAUACACAUGUCAUUGUUAUCUUUUUUGCAAUCUUCUUGUAAUAGAAAUGUGUAUUUUAUUGAUGCUAUAGUUUGUCAGGAUCACAGAAAUUAGAUUUCUGUAGUCAUUAAUUUAAGCAGUUGUUUUACAUAUGGGCAUGUUUAUAUAAUGUUGUGAAGAUUGCAAAGAUAUGAUUGAUUGCACAUUGUGUACACAAAUAUCAUUCAUACAACUAACUACAUACAGGUUUACUUUGUACAAGUGAAGACAGGUCAUGAUCUGUGAGAGGCGGAUGAUUGAUUGCACACUUUGAUUGUUGAUACAUUUAUCAAUCAUACAUUUCUCCGCAGGUUCAUCUGUCCCAACUGAAGAUAGGUCAGGAUCUGUCAGAGGUGGGGCUCCAUUCCUGUCUUUGAACUUGGCAACUCUGUUUAUGCUGGCAACAGUUUUUCUCCUGCAUCACAUCCGAUUCAUCAGAUAGAUUCCACAUUUGCUCAGUUUGUUAAAUCUCUGCAUGCAUAACUAAUUGAUCUUGGCUGUUAGGUUGUCAUUGUUACACCAGAAGUGAAGAUAACUUUUAAUACAAGUGUAUAUAGUUCAUGUUUAUAGAAGAGAGUUUGGGCUUCCCUGGGCUGGUUUUUUAAACAAAAAUUUAUCAAUUUAGGAUUUUGGGGCGGUUGCAUGAUUUUUAAAAAAAAAUAUAAAAAUUUAUUCAUUUUAAUAAACAAACAGAUAAGGGCUUAUUUAGAAAUUUAAUAAAAAAAUUACUGAAGCUUUCGUAUUCCCCCAAUUCCACCUGCUCUGCUUUUUUAAUUUAUAUUUUUUUAAGUGUGUGUUUUUUUUGUUUUUUUUCUCUCCCAAUUACCUACCAGGUGGCCAUUUUAACUAAUUUGAUUUAUGCAAAGAUCAAAUUUCAUAUUCCAUGAAUUUCACUUCUUUACAAGAUAUUGAUCUUAAGUGCUGGGAUUUGAAUUUGUUAGUUAAGAACAUUUUCAACUUAUAGCUCUCUGAUCCAAUUAACAUUUCAUUUCAAUAUUUUGAUAAAACAAAUUUUAUUAAGGAUCUGUAUGCAAAUUAUAUAUAUAAAAGUUUAUCGAAGGUCCACAAGUUUCAAUAUUUCUUGUACAUACAUAACAGCAGUUAGGAUGUGUAUUAUGUACAUGUACAUAUGUGACUAAUUUUUUUCUCUUAAAAUGUAAAUAAUAGUAUUUAUAUAAGAGCAAGUUCUAGGUAUUCCUAAGAUUUUGACAUUCCAUUGCCUCCAUGUACUGUAUAUUUUUUAUUCUUAAGACAGCAGCUCUAUGUAUCCUAUAUCUCUCAUUCAUAAGACAGCAGCUCGUUAGCAAGAAUUACAUUUCCAGUCUAUGCCAAUUAUAUUUGUCUUAUGUUUGCAUUAACAUCUUAAAAUGACUUUCCAUAAUAGCCCAACAUGCAUCUUUUUACUAUUAUAGACCAUUAUGAUUUAAUUGACCUGCGUUAACUAGGGUUGUGGGGAUACAAUGAGAUGAUUGAGUUGUUUCUUAAAAUACAUUGAAAAAUAAAUUUAAUUUAAUUUAAAAAACUAUAGUGAGUUAUCUGUGUGUGGUGAGGUACUGGUACCUGUGUGUGGUGAGGUAGUGCUGUAACCUAGCCUUCUGCUGGCUAUUUCUAAUUUACUGAUAUUUGUCUAAAAGGAGAGAUAAAAUUUUGUCACACUUCUAUUGCUGCCCACAGGUACUACUUUCCAGCUAAGUGCUAUUUCUUAUUUUUAUACCGUUUUUUCUGUUGUUUUGUUCGCUGACGAAGGCUUUCUGCCGACACGUUCGCUGUUUUGUUGCGUGUAUUUUUUCAGGUUUAACCCUACUCUGUUUUACUCAUUUUAUUUUGUACUAACCUGAUUGCAGUCUCUCCCCUUAUUACCCCUGUCUUAGGCAAGCCAAGCUACCACAUGAAGAAAUGAUCCUGUUUGUUUCUAUGACUAAACUGUUGGUUUCAAUGACUCUUUGUUGUUCUAAUGACUAGACUAUUGUUCCAAUGACUAGACUGUUGUUCCAAUGACUUGACUGUUUGUUGAGGUAUAUACUUGCCUACAAGUUGUGGUGUGAUUAGACAUUACCUUCUGUAAAUUAUAUAGUGUGAAAUGGAGUUGAGGAUCAUGUAAUAUGUCAAGAUUUUCUAUUUAUAAAUAUUCUGUAUGUAUUAUAAAUUAAAUCUUACAUUUACAAUAUUUUAUAAUCUUUGUAUGUCAGGUAAAUAUCUUGAGCGUGUUUAUGUCAGGUGAAUAUCUUGAGCAUGUUUUCAAGCUCUAAGAAUAUGCAAUUUGUUUUUAUGAUUACAUUGUUCUUUUAGGCAUUAUGAAAUGGGGAAGUCACUUUACUUAGGGAAGUCAAUUUUCUAAAGGAAGUCACUUUACUUAGGGAAGUUACUUUUCUUAGCGAAGUCACUUUACUCAGGGAAGUCACUUACCCUUGUCUGACAGAAUCAAACUAAUUUAGUUUGAGUGCAGUGUGACCACUCUAUUCUACAAGCUGAAUGGAAAGUAUUGAUGGUGAUGGUUCUGUCAAUGAUGGUUGUGUUUGUUCUGUAUGAGUUUUAAUUAAACAUUUCAUUCUGUUUUUA